AUGUCUCUACUAGCGUCAACCAGAAACUCGGUGGCUCGUGGCCUACUGCAGCAGUCUGGAACUUCCAGAUCGGCCAUUGUGGCCGGUCUUCGCAUGGCGAGAUUCUACAGCAACGGUGAGAAAACGUUGAAAGAGCGUUUUGCGGAAAUCUUCCCAGCCAAGGCAGAGGAAAUCAAGCAGCUUCGUAAGGAGCACGGAAAGACGGUCAUCGGCGAGGUGCUGCUGGACCAGGCUUACGGUGGUAUGCGUGGUAUCAAGGGCCUCGUGUGGGAAGGGUCCGUAUUGGACCCAGAAGAAGGGAUCCGUUUCAGAAACCGUACCAUCCCAGACAUCCAAAAAGAGCUUCCCAAGGGUGCUGGCGGCUCCGAGCCGCUCCCUGAAGCGUUGUUUUGGCUGCUGUUGACCGGCGAAACCCCAACCGAGUCGCAAGUCAAAGCACUCUCUGCUGAUUUGGCCUCCAGAUCCGAGCUCCCAGAGCACGUCAAUCAACUUCUGGACUCGUUGCCAAAGGACCUACAUCCAAUGGCCCAAUUUUCCAUCGCCGUCACAGCUUUGGAAAGUGAGUCCAAGUUCUCCAAGGCCUACGCUCAAGGUGUCUCCAAGAAAGAUUACUGGAACUACACUUUCGAGGACUCCAUGGACCUGAUCGGUAAAUUGCCCGUUAUCGCUUCCAAGAUUUACCGUAACGUGUUCAAGGACGGCAAAAUGCCUGCCGUCGACCCCAACGCCGAUUUCAGUAAGAACUUGGCCCAACUUUUGGGUUUCAAAAACGAAGAGUUUGUGGAGUUGAUGAGAUUGUACCUAACAAUCCACGCCGACCACGAAGGUGGUAACGUUUCAGCCCACACUACUCAUUUGGUUGGUUCUGCAUUGUCCUCUCCAUAUUUGUCUUUCUCUGCAGGCCUAGGUGGUUUGGCUGGUCCGCUACAUGGUCGUGCCAACCAAGAAGUUUUGGAAUGGUUAUUUAAAUUGAGAGAAGAGGUCAAAGGUGACUACUCCAGGAAGACCAUUGAGACCUACUUGUGGGAUACUUUGAAUGCUGGUAGAGUGGUUCCAGGGUACGGCCAUGCCGUAUUGCGUAAGACAGAUCCUCGUUACACUGCUCAACGUGAAUUUGCCCUAAGACAUUUCCCAGACUACGAUUUGUUCAAAUUGGUUUCCACCAUAUACGAAGUCGCUCCAGAAGUUUUGACCAAACAUGGUAAAACCAAGAAUCCAUGGCCAAACGUGGACUCCCACUCCGGUAUCUUGUUGCAGUAUUACGGAUUGACCGAAGGAUCUUUCUACACCGUGUUGUUUGGUGUCUCCAGAGCCCUAGGUGUCUUAGCUCAAUUGAUUAUCGACAGAGCCGUUGGUCAGCCAAUCGAAAGACCAAAGUCUUUCUCCACCGAGAAAUACAUCGAAUUGGUCAAGUCUAUUAAUGCUAAGAAAUGA